CCCGACGCCGGCUUCCGCGAUGGCGUCUUUCCCGGCUGGGCCGCUUAUCAGAUUGCUGUACUCAUUGGCUUUCCCUGCCUUGUUACUAAGUGGAUUUUUAUGUGUCUGUCUGCUCCUGCUCCUGUUUGGUUUACGACUAUGGCUCCAGCAAAGGAAAAAACAACAAAUUCCAUCAGGGCGAGAUGGGAAAAGGCCACUUGUGGUUGCAUUUUUUCACCCAUACUGCAAUGCAGGGGGAGGAGGUGAAAGAGUAUUGUGGUGUGCUAUAAAAGCACUACAGAAAAAGUACAAAGAUGUGUCCUAUGUUGUCUACACUGGUGAUGCUGGUGUCACAGCUGAAAAUAUCCUUGAAGGUGCUUACAGACGAUUCAACAUCAGAUUAAAUCAACCUGUGAAAUUUGUGUUUUUGAGUAGGCGCUAUCUAGUAGAAGCUUCCCUUUACCCACAUUUUACACUGCUGGGUCAGAGCUUAGGAUCUGUAUUUCUUGGCUGGGAAGCUCUUGUGAAAUGUGUUCCCGAUGUCUACAUUGACUCCAUGGGUUAUGCUUUCACACUUCCUCUUUUUAAAUAUUUAGGAGGUUGUCGGAUAGGCUGUUAUGUUCAUUAUCCUACGAUCAGCACUGACAUGCUUUCUGUGGUUAGGAAUCAGAAUGCUCGAUUUAAUAAUGCAGCAGUCAUCACAAGAAAUCCCCUAUUGAGUAAAUUGAAACUCAUAUAUUAUUAUAUUUUUGCUUCUGUAUAUGGCUUAGUUGGUUCUUGCAGUGACAUUGUCAUGGUUAAUUCUUCAUGGACUUUCAAUCACAUCCUUUCCCUUUGGAGGUGCAGUGACCGCACCAGUGUUGUGUAUCCACCUUGUGACGUUCAGACAUUCUUGGAUAUUCCUCUAUGUGAGCCAAAGAGCACUGGAGAGCAAACUAUUGUUUCUGUAAGCCAGUUUAGGCCAGAAAAAGACCAUUGUCUGCAGAUCAGAGCCUUUGCUAAAUUGCUGGAAAAGACUGCAGGGCAGGAGCUGCUGCCCAAACUCAUUCUGAUUGGUGGCUGUCGUAACCAAGAAGAUGAGCAGCGUGUAAAUGGACUUAAAAAGCUCUGCCAAGAGUUGGGCAUUGAAAAAAGGGUAGAAUUCAAAGUUAACAUUCCAUUUGAAGAGCUAAAGCAACAUCUGGCAGAUGCGACCAUUGGACUUCACACCAUGUGGAAUGAACACUUUGGGAUUGGAAUUGUUGAAUGUAUGGCAGCUGGCACAAUUAUCCUUGCUCACAAUUCUGGAGGCCCCAAGCUGGAUAUUGUGGUGCCCUAUGAAGGAAAUACUACUGGAUUUCUAGCAGAAAAUGAAGACGACUAUGCAGAUACUAUGGCCUAUAUAUUUUCAUUGCCUCCUACAAAAAGGCUAGAAAUCAGACAAACUGCUCGUCAGUCAGUGAAGAGAUUUUCAGAACAAGAAUUUGAGGAAACAUUCCUAUUAUCUGUGGAACAAUUAUUUAAAUAAAAUUUUGUAAAUAGAUACCUGGACAGAAGUCAUUAUGUAUAUACAGUUGCUGUAUUUCUAUUGUACAAUAAAGGGUAUCUUAUUCCUGUAUGAGAGUCUGACAGAGUAUGCUCCCAAACUUAUAUAUAGACAAGUAGAUAUGAAAUGAUACAUAAUAUGCUUAAGGAUUUAGUAGUUGGGCUGAAUAAUCAUAUUACAAAAUAUACACAGCAGUUUCCAGUGGUGACAACUCAGUCCUAGCUUCUUAAAGAGCAAGCUGUUUAAUCUUAAAAUGAAUUUGUGGCAUCAAGUGUUGAAUCUACAUUUGUCCCAGAUUAUUUCCCCCAUAAUGUAUCAACAUAAAACUACAUAUGAAAUUGAAGAGUGAAUUUCUAAAAAGUUUCUUCCCAUUUCAAUGAUCUUCUUGGCAUAAUGAAUACAGAGUCAUGAAAAGGCUGUCCUUGGAGGCCUCAAUGGAGUCUGAAAGUCAACCAGAAUUGUAUCCUGUCUGAAGUUGUGUACAAUGAAAAGGAUCCUGGAAAGUCAAAUUAUAUAUAUAGUCCAGCUCCACUUCAGUAUAGGGACAGAACCUCAGGUCACUGAAUUCUCUAUACAGAAAACCCUCACAUUAGAUAGAAGCUAGGUGGGUAACCUUUGGCCAUGGCCAGGGAUGAUGGGAGUUGUAGUUUAGCACCAUCUGGAGGGCUAGAGGUUCCCCACAGCAGCCUUAACAUGGAGUUUAGUGUUAAUUACAUUUUUUGGGAGGGGCAUUUAAUCAUGAAUGAUCACCUACCCC